CUCUGGCGCCUGACCGUAGUGGAGCCGGAAGUACGGGAGGGGGCGUUGAUUGGUUGCGAGCGCUGUCCGUCCUUCGCUUUGCUUGGGAACUGGCCGACUGAGUGGCCGCCGGCGGACGGGGCGCGGAGGAGCGAGUGAGACCACCAGGACCAUCACAAUGAGUCUACGGAAGCAAACCCCUAGUGACUUCUUAAAACAAAUUAUAGGAAGGCCUGUUGUUGUAAAGUUAAAUUCUGGAGUUGAUUAUCGAGGUGUCCUGGCUUGCCUCGAUGGGUAUAUGAACAUAGCUCUGGAGCAGACAGAAGAAUAUGUAAAUGGUCAAUUAAAGAACAAAUAUGGGGAUGCAUUUAUCCGAGGAAAUAAUGUUCUGUAUAUAAGCACACAGAAGAGGAGGAUGUGAAGAUGCCUAAAGAGAGAGGUUUUGUACAGCUGCAUUUUUUCCUAAAUGAUGAGAACUGUUUGAUUUGUAGUUAGUAAUUCUUGGUUGAACAAUAUAGCUGUUUAAAUAUUUCUGUUGUUUGCUGUAAAGCUGGCGUUAUUGUAGUGACUAUGGAGAGAAGAGUUUUUUUUAAUUCCAGACUUCCAGAACACAAUUGUAAACUUUUCUGAAUACUUCAGUUGUGAAAAAGUGCUUUGUUACACUGUGCAGAAUUAAAUAAAAAAUGGAAAAGUA